CAAAAAACAAAACCAGAACGAAACCAACAAGGAAAGGCAUGCAUCUCCGAUCUAAUCCGUCCUCGCUGGCGUCUGCGUAAUAUUCAUAUUCCAAACACUCAAAUAUUUAACAUAGGAUAUCCAUAUCCCAUUCGACUAGACUGGCAUCUGAUUGUUUUUCGAUAACCUAGCUUCAACCGACGACAGAGCUAGGUUGAAAGGAGAAGUCGCAAUGGAUAAUGCACCCUCCUCGUCCAAGGACAACAGCGACCAAACCUUUUGGAAUCAAGCCUUCUUCGAUAAUUCAUUCCCAUCCACCACCACCUCUCAUCUCGAUUCAAACCAUCCCUUAAUAGCUAACCAGACCACUAUCACCAACGCACUCAGCUCUACCACAACCUACAAUUCUAACCCACCUGCUCAGGACGAUUUAUUCGAGCUAUGGUGCUGUUCGGACGAGCUCUGUCUACCGUUUGCCGAUCAGAACGGGAAGAUAUGCAACCUCUCAAACUGCCCAUCAACCUCUUCAAACUGUUUUGAUAGCCAUCUACCACCAGCAAUUCAUUUGCAACCAGCCCAUGCAGGACCCAACCCAUCAUGUCCAUCAAAUAUCAGUCCUACCAACACAUUCAACAGCUGUCAAACCGGACAAGAUCCUUGCUGUUCAGGAGCCACCUGCCAGCCAGACCUCUUGGAUUGUGAUUGCUGUCGAGCUGGCUGUCCUCCCUCCCCGAUCUCCCACCAGCCGUGCACAGAGUGUGAUCAGCCUGCCCCAAAAUUACAACUACGGGCCUCUCCUAGUAUCACUUCCACGACCACCAACCAAUCGGGCUCGGGCUCCAGGCUACUCUCACCAUCAUUGGCUUCAAGUAUCUCGCGUAACGAUUUUGAUGAUUUCCCUGUAUCAUCUCAAGCCGGGAAUAUUGAUUCACUUGAGGAGGAUAUUAUUUGGAUGAAUCAAGAUUUGGAGGAACUCAUCAAGUGUUGCUGCUGCGAUGUGCCAACUCAGAGUGAAACUUUACCCAGCCAUCAUGCUGAUGCUCAUCCUGGCCAUCAUGUCAACUUUGAUAUGUUCGACAGACCUUCGAUCACCUUUCCAUACAAACCUAACCGUGAACACACUGAACCUGAUUCUGCGAUCCCAUCCAACGUCAACAUCUCCUGCAAGAAGGACACCAUCACUACAUUCAAAUGCCAGUGGAAAGAUUGCAAUCUGGAAUUCAGUGAUAGGUUCAGGUUGACUGAGCAUGUCAAUGUCUGCCACCUGUUCCAAUCCUCAAUGGCACCCAACUCAGGUACUCAGUCAGAAUCUCAGCAGACCCAUCCUUCUUCUCGGAUCGAUUAUCAACGUAUCGUUCCAUCUGAUAUCAUUGCAGCACAAUCCGAACAAUCACGCUCGAUGUCAACCCUUUCCUGGAAAGAUUAUCCUGAUAGUUUCUUCGCCAAUUGUGGACCAUCCUCGGCUAGCAAGUCAACAUUCCAGCACCCCUCGAUAAACAUUUCAAAUGCUGAAUCGCAUGUUCCCAGUGGGACUCCACUCCUGGACCACUAUCAGUCUUGUUUCGAUUUACCAAGCCACCCAAAUAAUCCACUCGACAAGCCCGAUUGCUCAACUACCCGUGCUAGCUGUGAUGAGAAUAACAACCAAUCUACUCAAGAUUCUUUUGUCGUUCCUCAAAUCCCCACGGCAGGCUCCUCCAUCGAUCCACUGCUACUCAGAUCCCAGCGCAGUCAAAAUCCGUCACCGACUAAAACACUUGUCCUGCAAAGUGAUAUCCAUGACCAGCAUGUGUGCCGCUGGGGCUCAUGCACCGGCAGAACAUUUGAUAACACGGCCGAGUUGACUGAGCACAUAUCGACCGAUCAUGUGGGAUCAGGGAAAUCAAAGUACAGUUGUCUCUGGGAGGGAUGUUACUGUACCACAAAACCGAAAUCUGUUAAGGGCCUUGACGGCGAACAGGAGAGCCAUCAAUCUGAUGCUACCACAACAACAGAAGCAGUGAAUCGUCCGAGCGACUCGGAAAAUCCUCGCAAGUCAUUCAACCAAAGACAGAAAUUGAUGAGACAUCUUCAAACUCAUACUGGUGAUAAACCAUUCGAAUGCGAACGCUGUGGGAAAAAGUUUGGUGAAAUGACGACGUUGGUUCAACAUCGUCGAACGCAUACAAACGAAAAGCCAUACAAAUGUUUGGUGGAAGGAUGUGGGAAGUCAUUCGCAUUGCAAUCUGCAUUGACGAUCCACAAUCGAACGCACACGGGCUCGAAGCCGUUCAAGUGUAGUGUCAAGGGAUGUUCAGCCCAGUUCUCAGAAUCCUCGAAUCUCUCGAAACACAUGAGGACCCAUUCGCUGGUGAAGAAGUUUGAAUGCACGAUCUGUGGGAAACGUUUCACCCGAUCUGACCAACUCACUCGACAUCUCAAAUCCGAAUCCAUCCAUCUGCAUUUGAACAACAACCCCACCAACCACAACGAGGAUGAUAAUGAUGAUGAGGGGGAGGAGGAGGAAGAUGAUGAUGAUGACAAGGAGAAUGGCCCUGAGGAUGGCCUUAAUGUCCAAGGAGCUGACCUCGAUCACUCCACCGCGGUCCACAAAACACAUCCUCAAGCCCCUCCCCAGGCCGCCUCAUUUAGUCAGGACAAACGACCAGGCUCGGCCCAUCCACUUGGCCAUCAACCUAAGCGCCAAAAGAAACCAAUUUCCGCCAUCAAUUGAUCUUCCAGUAUAUCCCUCUCUCUCUCUCCUUUUCCUGACAAGUGGGCUAUACAACAAGGAGAAUCAAUGUUUUGCACUUGUUAUUUGUGUGUGGUACAAGAUUGUUUCAAAUAUAUACAAAACCCUUUAACAAACAGGCUUACAAUUGUCCAAGAUCUCUCUUUGGUUCUCUUGUUGGCUAGUCAUCACAAAACUCAAGGAGAGAG